CACUUUGACUCUAAAUCCCGCACAGUAGUGUACCUGGUUUCAUUUAGUAGAUAACGCUAAACAUUAUAGUACAUUGUGCAAGGAGAGGGUAAGUGAAAUUUUGCAAACGAGUUCUUUAGAUGUACGAUAGCCGCAGGCUGGAGUGCAUUAAAUACUCGAUACUUACCCCCGGAGUUAUACACAAUGUUUUUCAUCACACUUGCGAAGAAAAACUAAAUUUUAAGCGAAAUGAUCUUAAAAACGGUGACAUUUCAUACAUUCGUCCGCCAUAUUUUUACUUUUAACAGGUUAGGCAUCGAAGGCACCUAUGCGGCAUUCAGCCACGAUUGAAAAUUGUGUAAUAAUAUUUCAAACGGCUAUUAAAUUAAUCAAAUUAAAUAUUUUUUUACGUAAACAAUAAAAAUAAAUUAUAAAAGUCAGUGUUUUAAAAGUAAAACUCAUUUAUACCUACUUGGUUGGUAUGAAUUAGUGAUGCAAUAAAAAAAGCUAUAUUUACCUUCAGAGUUAUCGCUUUUUUUCACAAUCCAUAACUCCCCGGGAACAAUAUAGGCCUUUGUCCUUCAGUACACCUGCAUGAAAUAAGAUUUUUUCGAGCAAGUGUGAUGAAAAUUAAUUAAUUUAAUAGGUUGGCAAAUUCAAAUCCGCAACGUAGGCUUCGUCAGGGUACAACCAUAAAUCAACAACAGUCGUCAUUACACACAAACAUCAUCAAAUUAUCCGCAACUGGCUUCGCCAUUUUCCACUAUGUUAAUUAUUCUAAAACAAAGUAAUUUAAAAAGGAACACCCGAAUCGUGUCCAGCCCAAAAGUCCCCAUUAUUCGUACACUAGCAGUUAUGGAAGGUAGAGGCAAGGAACAGAAUCUCCUUGGGCAGAACUGUUGCAAAAGUGUCCAGCUUUUAGCUAUAAAUAAUAGUUCCAAAUCUCUCCAGAAUAGCGCUAGAGUAGCUAAAAACCUAGGCGUUAUUGACGGAGUGAAGUGAAGUCUCAAGUAUUUUAGGUAUUGUAGGCCCACAGAUUUAUGUUUUUUUGUCGGACAGAUUUUGGUAUAUGGAGACUGUUCCUUGCUUCUACCUUCCAUACUAGCAGCGUUUCCACGCUGUAUAGCUGGUAUUGCCAUACGUCCCGUAUAUAUGUGACUAUCUAUAGGGAAUCUGUACAUGCGAUAGCACUCGACUUUUUUAUUUAUUUGAUAGAAGACGGAAAUAUAGAGUGGUCAAAAACAAGACAACGAAAAGGAUUUUGACCCAAUCUUUAAAAAUCUGUAACAGACCAUGAGAAUACAAAUGAUUCUAGCCUCUAAAGUUAUGCAAACAUGGAUUAUAAUAGUAUGUCAACAGAAUUAUGUCAUUUUGCCACUACGAUAUGUAACUAAUGAAUAGAUUUCCCAUAUCGGAACAAUGGAGCGUGGUUGGCGUGUGAAUGACGCUCACAUCAUCGUGUAAGCUUAUAUAUGUCGCGCGUUCAUUCAUAAAUAAGUUAAGGCGAAGCUGUUUACAGUGAGUAAUUUUAUUGAAUACUUAAGGGUUUCUAGGCGUUGGUAUAAUGAAAACUUUUGUGUAGGCAUGGUGGUAUUUUAUUUACGGCGAUAUAAAGUACUAGCUUCUACCCGCGAGUUCUUAUGGCUCCUUUACAGGAUCAUACUGGCCCACUAAGAUGGGCCAGCGUGUAGAUGGUAGUAGUAUCGGAUGGCUUAUGACGCGGCGGGAUGGCGAUAGGAUGGCCACGGUGGUGCGUGCGCAUCUACAUAUACAGUAGGGUUCAAAAGUGCAUGGACAUGCUGAUGGCUGAUGAUAUACGCUCUAUGAAUGGUGCGUGCUUUCAACCAUCGCAUGUCCAUCUCGCAGGCUAGCGCUGGGCCAUCGUGUGGAGGAACCAUCGCAUGGCCAUCUCACUGGUUCAGCGCUGGGACAUCGUAUAGAGGAGCCAUUAAACGCUGUCCUAUGACCUUUCUCUUGCCUCGAACUACCUCCGUACCAAAUUUCAUCUAAAUCGGUUCAACAGUUUAAGCGCGAAGACGGACAAAGUGAUUUGUUAAUGUAUAUUAGUAGUGUUUCUCAUUACGAACUAUUUUCCUGAUAUUUUGCCAUAAUUUGAGAUCAUCCUUUGUAAAAGCGCCAUUAAAAGGGUUGGACGAAUUGAGGCUAACGGCCCAUUCGAACAAUGCUUAAAAGAUUUCACAGCGAAGCGAUAUCGAUCUGUCAGUGUCAAAAGUGACGUUUUUGGUUGAAGAAAUGUCACUUUAAACACUAACAGAUCGGUAUUGUAUCGCUGUGGCAUCUUAUAAGAAUUGUUCAAAUUGGGCCGUAUAUCAAUGGAUCAAAUCGUACUAAAAAAGUGACGGUUCUAUAAAAUAUGUAGAACAAUUAAGACUGCAAAAGAUAUACUUUUGAACGUGAAUCAGAUACUUUGGCUUGUUGUUUCAACCGCUACUAUUCAUGCUGACAGUACUAUAAGGGGUACAGGGUGCCUAGUCAACAUGCCAUCUGUCACUGUCGCAUUAAUAUGGGUGUGUGAUAGAGAAAGAUGACUAGGCUACGCUACGGAGAGUUAAUGAUUGGCAUGUUCGUUAACAAACAUAUGUUUCUGAACGCAACCAUGUAUGUAUACGACCGAAUGAUUUUAUUACUGUAUCCAUUCGCCGACUCACUCACUCUCUUCUUUCUCAACAACUCCACGGUUAACAUCGCUCUGUAAUUAAUAUCCGUUUUUUAGUGAAAAUACACAGUUUUCAUCGAUAAAAAGUGACUUUUAAUUAUCCACCAUCAACAUCAGUUCAAGUUCGGAAAGGUUAUAAAAAGUUUGAAAUAAUCUCAGAAUUUUCUGGAAAAUUUCAUAGAGAAGUUUCAUUUUGGAAACGGAAAAGUUCGAUCCCCAUCCAAAAAUAUGAGACGUUUCCGAAUUUUUCAAUGUGAAAUUGUCGCCAUUUUGAAAACAAACUGACGGCACAUGAGUAAUAUAUGGGGCUACUUGCUUACCAGGGGCCCAUUUCUAGAACGGUAUUAGACUAUUAUUAUUCGAAGUCCACGAACUGUCAAGUCGUAUGGGUUACCAUGGCAACCUACAAAUUAUUUAUUUUAUUUAAUCGUAUGGCAUACAUAUCGUAAAAAUAGAGACAAUAUAAUUAAUUAAAUGUCUACACAUAGACCAGUCAGCCACUUCAUGGCUUCGUCGCUCAGGGUGAUCAGGUCUUCGGGAGGACCGGCGACAUAACGCGUUAUAGGGCAUACAAAUUAUAUUAGACUAUAAUACCGUUCGAGGUUUGCGGACUAAUAUUAUUAUAGUCUAAUACCAUUCGAGAAAUGGCUCCCAACUCAUGGUGUGAAAAAAAAGAAACGCAUCAUGAUUUUUUCAAAAUAGCAUUAACCCUUUACAAGUUCACAGUUCAGGGCCCAGCAAUUACAAGAGACAUAUUGAUUAUGUCCGUCGUGAGCGAGGCGACCUCUGACAAUUCUUCUGCCCAAUUCAAUGCCAUUGUCUCUGAAGAUGACCAAGUUGACCAACAAACAGACCAAUUUGAAAGAUCGGAAUGAAAAUAUGAAUGAUAAAUGAUAUCAUUCAGUUAGGAAUCGCGUAUUUCGCUCGUACGUCUGUACAUGUAUUGGCACAGGCGAGACGCAUGAUAACUAAAUAAUAUGAUACAAAUAUCAAUCUGCGGUGGCAACAUGGUUCCAUUUUUAUCACUUGUCACUAUGCCCGUCACUUUCGCGCUUACAUACUUGUUAGAACGUAACAGGCAUGGCGACAAAUGAUAAAGAGAAGACCAUAUUAGCCCUACUGGUGUCGGUGUACGUUUGAAUUGGCCUGCAAGUUGACCAAGAGAGUGACUAUUUUUAGGCUUUUUACCCUUAUAAUAAGGCACAGAGACGAUCGCUAAAUGUUAUUGUUGGUUAUAAUAAAAUCUUUAAAUCGGGAAUAAAAUCUUUAAAAACUGCAGUCGACAUACGCUGAAACGCUUUUGCAUGAAAAUAAACUAAAAGAAGCCUAAAAUUACCCAUACAGUUUCAACCACAAAUAACAAUGUUUGGUAGCAACCCAUACUAAACUUGUGUGAGACUUUUUUACAAAACAAAACUUUGUCAAAUAUAAUUUAUUACGACCAGCAAUCAACUACUUAUUCCGUUAGAAGCUUUAAAAACUAUAUAAUAAUAAUAAAAUCGAAACAAAUCAAACGUAGGAAUAUUGUUACUUAUGGUUAAUCCAGGAAAGAGAAAUAAGCCGUCGUUCACUUUUUUUAAUGGUAAGAAGAAUACCAAUUUGUUUUCUUUUAGACAGAUUACUUCUGAAAAUAUUGUUUACCAAAAAUGGUUCUUGAAGACCCCUGUUAGUUUUAAAAGACCUAUCCAAUGACACCCCACACCACCAAAUUCACUCCCACUUUUCGUGUAGGGAAGGUAACCUAUUUUUUAAUUGACCGAUAUAUCCAUGCCAAAUUGCAGCUUUCUAGCUUUAACGAUCACCAAGCAAAGCCGCGGAUGGACAGACAGACGGACAUGGCGAAACUAUAAAGGUUCCUAAUUGACUAUGCAACCCUAAAAAAUUACAAAAAAUGGCUUACAAAAGCAGUUGAUAUCAAAGGUAGGCAUCGUAGAGCAUCUAAGUCACCUAGCAACGAAAACCGUCAUCCCAUUCUUUAGAAACAUCGCACCACUUUCCUACAUUAUGUCACAUAUCGGGGCUAAUUUCGAUCUUUGUCACCGUACACUCCAGGCCACGGAAAUGUCAAGGCAAAUAAUGCCCAUCUCUAACUUGGAAUUAAAGUGCUAUACGUAACUUUCAUUUUACAAGCGAUUACACUUCUAAUAUCGACAAGUGUAAAGCUUCGAAUCGUGUGAGCGUUAAUGAUAGAUUUGAGCCAAUUUGGGAUUGAAGAAGAGAUAUCAUGACCACCUCAACAAUAACGUGACGAAACCCAAAAAAUAAACACUCUUAAUAACUUGCUCAGAUUUGACAGCUACAAUUAGGGUACUGUCACGGUAUGUCCGACUGUCACGUCCACACGUACACCUAAAUAGUCAUUAGAGGUAAAUUUUAAGGAUGGUAUAAAUAACAUUUUUUGAUGGGAGACAGCACACAUCUCAACUGCAUCCUGUGGCAGACACAUCUGAGAUGAAGAUCUUUCUGGUUAGUUUUUGUCAUUCGUCUUAUAUUUAACUUUCUUGUUCCUCGAUAAUACUCGUAAUCCAGGAGCACUAAAGUUAGAAGUCAAGAUAACUACGAGUGUUAUAAAUAUAUAAAACUAAAGACUACAGAUGUGCCGAAACUAAAGAGACAGAAGUCGUGGAAAGUUUCCAAAAAGUUCUCAGAAGUUUCAGGAAAAUUUCACAGGAUACAAAAGAAAACUUUCAUUUUGGAAAUGUAAAACAUUUCGAUAACUAAGUUUCAACUUUUCCAUGAUUUUCGCAAUUUCUCUCUGAUACUCUCUGACGGGAAACUCUCUCACAGCAGAUCUGCAAGACGAACAAUAUGGUUUCAGUGUUAUUAUCGGGAGCAAGCAGGACUUUUUCACACUAUUUUACUAUCGAGUUAUACUUUUUGUGUCGUGAAGUGUACAGUGAUAUUAGGGUUAAUAAAUGAAAGUGCAACGAUUUCAUAUGACAAUGGAUUGUGAACAAUACAGUUUGUAUUUGGCUUAGAAGCCUUUGUUACGAUAGUAGGAUGCGUUGAUGGGAUUAAUAAAUGCUUUCUCUUUAUUGCAAUUAUUAUUUAAUAUUUAGGUAAAUAUGACAUAAUAAUGAAAAUGGAGAAAUAGUGCGAACUUAGUGCUCAUCAUUUUCCUAGCGUGUUUCGCUACGGCUCAUGGGAAUCUGGGGUACGCUUUGCAACUCAUCUCAUGACUUGGAUUUCGUAAUUUAAAAGAACUGAUAAAGUGGUAUGGUUUUCACCAAUUAUCAAAAAUUAUUAUUCAGUUAUUUAGAAUAUUUUGAUGUUUUGAAAUAUAUACUUAUUUUUAAGUUUUGUAUUCAUUUAUUUUCAGAUAAUCUGCCUGACCUCUGGCCUGGCUUCAUCUGAGAAGCUAGACAGGAGUUACCUUCCACCACCAGGGUCCAAAUAUUCAGGAGGUAGUCCAGGAGACAUCGAUGUACCUCUUGAAUUUCCCAAGCAAACACCUACGGGACGACCGCAGCUAGAAAAUGGAACACCUGAAAAAGAACUAGGCGUUUUCCGACGCCCAGCUCCAACAAGGACCCCGGAUAGCCAGAAACCUGGAUUCACCUACUUCCAAAACUCUUACCCUGUCCCUAAAACUACUACAUCGUAUGCUAUAACUCAGACCACUACUUUCCCCGCUGGUUAUGAAGGCUUAGAUCAGCCUAAUGCCUUCGUAAAUGGCUCAAAUAUCCAACCAGGGCAGAUUUAUCGACAGCCAAUCAGAGGACCAGGCCAAGGACCUAGCUAUGACCAAUAUCGACCGGGACUGAGCCAAUCUACUGUAGCUCCUUACGGAACCACUGCAAGACCUCCAUUCCCAAACAAUUUUAAUGGUCUCGAAUAUUUGCCACCAGUGAGCAACAAGCAAUCCCCUGGCCAAGUGGGUUCUAAUCAAGAUGGCUCCGCUUACCCAUCUGAUCUGCCCCAAGGGCCUAAAUACCAAGACGGAGUCUCAGUGAAUCAACCAGGUUUCAAUCAACAAAACCAAUUCAUAGGCAACCAAAACGUACCGUCAACGGCAGCACCUCAAUAUCAAAAUGAACGAUUUGGCCCAACAGGACCUGCCUCUCAGCAAGCCCAGAAACAAUUUGUAGGAAGUCAGUUCCCUUCAUCAACAGCGGCGCCUCAAUACGAAACUGGUCAGAGAUUUACUACCCCUGGAGCAAACCAGCAGAACCAAUUUUCAGGAAAUCAAGAGUUUCCAUCAUCAACUGCUGCUCCUCAAUACCAAGGUCCUCAAAAGUUGACUACCCCGGGAUCAAAUCAGCAAAACCAAUUUUCAGGAAAUCAGGACUUUCCGUCGUCAACUUCAUCACCCCAGUUCCAAACUGGACAAGGAAUCAUAACUCCUGGAUUAAACCAACAAGUGUUUGGAUCCCGAGUUCCUAGCCAGCAGAAUCAAUACACUCAGUAUCAAGGAAACCAGUUCCCUUCGUCUACUGCAGCGCCUACGCCUGGAUUGAUUCAACAUAACCAAUAUCCAGGGAAUGAAAAUUACCCUUCAACUGCAGCCCCAGACGGACAACGUUUUACCACCCCCAGUCAAAUCCAAGGGGGAUUCAUUCUUGGCCAGCGACCUUUUGGUUCUCGUAUGCAGGGUAAUCUAUAUCCUGGUAAUCAAAACAUACCUUCAUCCACUGUUGCGCCUCAAUUCCAAGAUGGGCAACGUUUUACUACCCCAGGAUACGUACAAGAAGGCUAUGGAUCUUCAGUGCCUUCGCAGGCAAAUCAGUACCAGUAUCCAGGAAGCCAAAAUACACAGACAUCCACGACUGACCCGCAAUACCAGACUGGCCAACAGCUAACUACUCGACCAAGUGGCCAGAAUUUCCCACCAUUUGAUGCUCCUUACUAUCAAAAUGGACAACGUUAUUCGACCCCUGGGCAAUAUCAAGGACAAUUGGUUCCUCAACAAAAGUUUGGGACUCCUGGCCAACUUCAACCUGUAGGUAAUCAAAACUAUCCAUCAUCUACCGUCCCUUCACAAUACGAAGAUGGCCAGCGCUAUUCAACUCCCGGAUCCCAGCAAAUAUUUGAAUCUCCCCAACAAAAUCAGUAUGGAAACCAGAAAUUCCUGACUUCAACUACAGUUCCUCAAUACCAAGACCAACGCUUCUCCACCCCCGGCCUUUUCAACCAACCUUCUUAUCCAGGAUCUUCCGCUGCCCCACAAAAUAAACAAACACUUGCGCCUACUCCAGGAACCAAUCAGCAAGGUAUACCAAGCCAACAGAAUCAAUACCAGCGUCCAGUCUACAAUCAACAGUUCCCGUCAUCAACAGCAGCACCGCAACGUUUUAUUCCCGGAUCCCAACCCCGGUUCGGUAAUAACAUCGCUACACCUGAAACGGAAGUAGCAUUUCCACAAAAAGGAUUACCUGGAAAUGACAAUUAUGGGAGCACCCACCGUCCUGGUUCUCAGACCCAAGCUGGCUCCAUUUAUGGUACUGCUCCAAGCUUAUCCAGCCAAGGAUUUCCGAGUACAACAGUGGGAACUUACCCAGCCGGAGAUUUUGCUUCUACACCUGGUUUUGGAACCAUUGGUGGACGUAGACCUGAACGUCCUCAGGCCGAGAGCGAUAGAAACGCGGAGAUUUUAUCCUAUGAAAACAUACUUACCCCUGAAGGUUACUUUUACAGUUAUGAUACAUCUAAUGGUAUUCAUGCUGAUGAAACUGGAGAAGUAGGUAAUGGCACUAGAGCUCAAGGAGGUUUCACCUACACUGGCGAUGACGGAAAAGUGUAUAGCGUGGUUUAUACGGCAGAUGAAAAUGGUUUUCAACCCCGUGGUGACCAUUUACCGACCCCGCCACCAAUCCCUGAAGCAAUCCAACGAGUUAUCGAUCAAGCAAACUUGGAUAAGGAAGGCGGAAUUGAUGAUGAUGGUUCUUACAAUGAAGAAAAAUACGGAUACAUGAAAUACGAAGGUCCAUUAACUAGGUUCAGGCCAAAGAAUAGGACAGUGUCUUUGAUUAAUGGAGCAGAUAUUCCGGAAAGAAGUGAAGAUGGUUUUGAUGGAAAAAACAGAAAUAUCUUUAGACCAAGUUCAAAGGCAGGAAGUACAGAGGAUUUAAAACCAGAGACAGACUUUCAAAAAAGCGAUAUAAAUGAGUCAGAUUUAGAAGAUAUUGACAUGGAUGAUGGAGAUUACAAUCAGAAUAAUUACAAGGAAGGUAAGCGUCCCAGCGUAAAGCGCCCGAAACCUAUCAAAAAUUUAACCGUGGAAGAUAAUAGACAGAACCGAUUGAAAGAAAUAAAAACACCAAUGAAACCUGAUGUUAAUUCCAAUAAAGAUAAUUCCAGUCACCGUCCGACAUCAAACGGCGAACAUGAAGACGACGACGAGUUUGAAGAACCUGAGGACAAAGAUGACCUAAAAGAUUCUGAUGAGUUUGACUUCGAUUCAGAUCUGGUGAACUACAAAGAUGACCCUAAUAAUAGAACUGACUUCCAUGGUCUGAACAAGUAUCUCCCGGAAUCUAAGAAAACGAACAGGAAAAAUAUGUCUGGUAAAAAACGACCAAUCGUGCGAGUUAAUGGUAUAAAGCCUGUAACUGAAAGUGGAGCUGAACUAACUGGAGAACAUUAUAACGAACGAAAUCAGGACAAUAAACCUGACUUUGAAGAUGAAUCACGCACACGCAUCCCAUCAAGGAAAAAUAAAUUCGGACAGAAAGUCAAAGACCAGUCCAAAAUAACUGGUCAGACUUUACCGCUUGCCAGUGACGACGAAGCCAAUACGUACGACGACGAUGAAAUUGACGCGAAUGAAGAAUACGAUUCUGAUGAUGCCACUAAGCUAGUAAUCAAUAACCGCAAAAACAAGCCGGCAACUUCUCAAUCAAAAAAUAAAAUUUCUGGUAAGCCUAAGCGACCGUCUACGAACCAACAGGCAGGUAUUUCUAGCAAAAAAGAGGACUCAUCAUACAAGGAAGCUGGUUACGAAUAUAUUCCACCACAACGAAAGUUUGGCUCAGAAGAGGCCACCAAGUUUCCAUCUAGAACAAAUCAAAAGGGAGUACAGACGACCGUGCGUCCUUUCCUAACUAAAAACAUUUAUGGCGAUGACGAACCUACUAAUGAAUAUAUCGAUCAAUACGGCAAUGUUAAGCCUGGUCAAUCGAGACACCCAAUGCCUCCUCAGAAGUAUCCUGGUUAUAACCAGGGCGGUAACAUUUAUGGGCAGAAUAACCCUGAAGAGAAUCAUGAUGAAGGAAGGAGACCGAUUUCAUUUGAAACUUCUCGCCGACCCUUUGGAAGGCCACAAACCACAGUAACACCUCGAUAUCAGGAGCAAGGCGUGACUGGGCAGGAAGAUGAGAGUUAUAACCCUGUAUCAAAUCAAAAUCAAGGAUUCUCUACAACUAGGAGACCUAUCUCAUACGGAACAUCUCAGCGGCCUUUUGAAAGACCAAAGUCCACUGUAGCUAGUCAGGAGGGUGACAGUUACAACCCUGAAUUAAAUCAAAAUCAAGGAUUCUCGACAACUAGAACACCUGUCUCAUAUGGAACUUCUCAGCGACCUUUCGGAGGACCAAAAUCGACUGUAGCCCCUCAAUACCAAGACCAGGGAGAAACUGAUCAGGUGUACAAUGAACCUUCCAACCAAGGAUCUCAAGGACCCGGAAACAAAUUAUUCUAUAACACUGACGCUCCGAAUAGAGGAACGGGUGGUAAUGUAUUCAGCUCUACAACACCGCUGCCACCAUCAGGGCCAGACUCGUCAAAUCAACGUCAGGAACAGUAUCAGAAUAGACCUACUAAUGUUCCUUAUUAUGAAACUACCUCCCCUAGUGGAGAGACCUAUAAAAGGCCUGGAUUUCACAGACCCGGUCAAGUGCCUAGCACGACUUACAGACCAAACUACAGCUUCGGAGAUAAGACUAGUCCUGUAGCUGCUGAUAGUUCCGGACGUCCGAUUUACAGCACUAACGCUCCUGCUCUCGACCGAACUCUAAAACCUACAUACUCCUUAAAACCUAAUGGAGACUCUAAUAAUCAACAAGAUCGAUUCAGAACGAAUGUAGGUCGCUUUGGAGUAACUUCUGGUCCUGAAACACUUGGAUAUCAAUCCACUUCAGCACCAAUCGGCGAAGAUUUCAGUGGACCAAAGCAACCCCAAAGAUUUGAUCCACAAACCGGAUACCAUUAUAAAUAA